GUUUCUCAGUAGUUCAGUUCUCUGGUUUUUACGGACUCCCGCCUCCAGGCUAGUUUCUGUGAUCAUACUCUACUCCAACGGAGGGUGGCGUUGUGUCUCUUGUUUUCCCAGACGACACUGAAAACUGCACUGGCUGACUAUCAGAAGGAUCUUUGUGCUGAAACUAAAAACCUCAUCUAAACCUGUCUCAUGCACUAAAACAGCACAUUAAUGAGAGGCCAGUAGAGGACCGUGUGGACACAGCGACGUUUGCGAGAAUGGAGUUCCCACAGCAGCAGAGGCCGGCGGAUGGAAAAAUCACCUACCCGCCGGGGGUUAAAGAGAUUACUGACAAGAUUAGUAAUGAUGAGGUGGUCAAACGGUUAAAGAUGGUGGUGAAGACAUUCAUGGACAUGGACCAGGACUCGGAGGAGGAGAAGCAGCAGUACCUGGCCCUGGCGCUGCACCUGGCCUCCGAGUUCUUCCUGCGCAACCCCAACAAGGACGUGCGCCUGCUGGUGGCCUGCUGCCUGGCCGACAUCUUCCGCAUCUACGCCCCCGAGGCGCCCUACACCUCCCACGACAAGCUGAAGGACAUCUUCUUAUUCAUCACCAGGCAGCUGAAGGGCCUGGAGGACACAAAGAGCCCUCAGUUUAACAGAUACUUCUACCUGCUGGAGAACUUGGCCUGGGUCAAGUCCUACAACAUCUGCUUUGAGCUGGAGGACUGCAACGAGAUCUUCAUCCAGCUCUUCAAGACGCUCUUCUCUGUCAUCAAUAAUAGCCACAACCAGAAGGUUCAGAUGCACAUGCUGGACCUCAUGAGCUCCAUCAUCACCGAGGGCGACGGAGUGACACAGGAGCUGCUGGACUCCAUCAUGAUCAACCUCAUACCCGCCCACAAGAAUUUGAAUAAGCAUGCGUACGAUCUCGCUAAGAUUCUUCUGAAGAGAACCGUGCAAACCAUUGAGACGUGCAUCGCCAACUUUUUUAACCAGGUGCUGGUGUUGGGCCGCUCGUCCGUGAGCGACCUGUCGGAGCACGUCUUCGACCUGAUCCAGGAGCUGUUCGCCACCGACCCGCUGCUCCUGCUGUCCGUCAUGCCCCAGCUGGAGUUCAAGCUCAAGAGCAAUGACGGUGAGGAGCGUCUGGCGGUGGUGCGGCUGCUGGCCAAGCUGUUUGGGGCAAAGGACUCUGAGCUGGCCACUCACAACCGGCCGCUCUGGCAGUGCUUCCUGGGAAGGUUCAAUGAUAUCCACGUGCCCGUGAGACUGGAGUGUGUGAAGUUUGCCAGCCACUGCCUGAUGAACCACCCCGACCUGGCCAAAGAUCUCACAGAGUUUCUCAAAGUGCGGUCACAUGACCCAGAGGAGGCCAUUCGUCACGAUGUCAUCGUCACCAUCAUCAACGCCGGGAAGAAGGACUUGAAUCUGGUGAACGACCAGCUGCUGGGCUUCGUCAGGGAGCGGACGCUGGACAAGAGGUGGCGGGUUCGGAAGGAGGCCAUGAUGGGCCUGGCCCAGCUCUUCAAGAAGUACUGUCUGCACCACGAGGCCGGCAAGGAGUCGGCCCAGAAGAUCAGCUGGAUCAAAGACAAGCUGCUGCACAUCUACUACCAGAACAGCAUCGACGACAAGCUGCUGGUGGAGAAGAUCUUUGCGCAGUACAUGGUCCCUCACAGCCUGGACACGGAGGAGAAGAUGAAGUGUCUGUACUACCUGUACGCCUGCCUGGACCCCAACGCCAUCAAAGCGCUGAACGAGAUGUGGAAGUGUCAGAACAUGCUGAGGAGUCUGGUCCGAGAGCUGCUGGACCUGCACAAACUGCCCGUGUCAGAAGCCAACAGCUCUGCCAUGCUAGGAAAGCUGAUGACCAUCGCCAAGAACCUUCCGGACCAGGGCAAGGCCCAGGACUUCAUGAAGAAGUUUAACCAGGUGCUGGGGGAGGACGAGAAGCUGCGGGCCCAGCUGGAGCAGCUCAUCAGCCCCACCUGCUCCUGCAAGCAGGCCGAGCUCUGCGUGAGGGAGAUCACCCGCAAGCUGACCUUCCCCAAGCAGCCCACCAACCCCUUCCUGGAGAUGGUCAAGUUCCUGCUGGAGCGCAUCGCCCCGGUGCACAUCGACUCUGAGGCCAUCAGUGCUCUGGUGAAACUGCUGAACAAAUCGAUAGAGGGCACAGCGGAUGAUGAGGACGAAGGCGUGACUCGUGACAACGCCAUUCGCUACGGCCUGGAGCUGCUCAAGGUGCUGUCGUUCACCCACCCCACCUCCUUCCACUCGGCCGAGACGUACGAGUCCCUGCUGCAGUGCCUGAAGAUGGAGGACGACAAGGUGGCCGAGGCGGCCAUCCAGAUCUUCAGGAACACCGGCCACAAGAUCGAGACGGAGCUGCCACAAAUCCGAUCGACCCUGAUCCCCAUCCUGCACCAGAAAGCGAAGAGGGGCACCCCGCACCAGGCCAAGCAGGCCGUCCACUGCAUCCACGCCAUCUUCCACAACAAGGAGGUCCAGCUGGCGCAGAUCUUUGAGCCCCUGUCCCGCAGCCUGAACGCGGACGUCCCGGAGCAGCUCAUCACCCCGCUGGUGUCCCUGGGGCACAUCUCCAUGCUGGCGCCCGACCAGUUCGCCUCGCCCAUGAAGGCCAUCGUGGCCAACUUCAUCGUCAAGGACCUGUUAAUGAACGACCGGUCAGAAAUGCGUUCUGUCCCUCAGUGAGGCAAUAAGAACGGGAAGCUGUGGACCUCUGAUGACGAGGUGUCUCCGGAGGUGCUGGCCAAGGUCCAGGCCAUUAAGCUGCUGGUGCGCUGGCUGCUGGGGAUGAAGAACAACCAGUCCAAGUCGGCCAACUCCACCCUGCGGCUCCUCUCCGCCAUGCUGGUGAGCGAGGGCGACCUCACCGAGCAGAAGAAGAUCAGUAAAUCGGACAUGUCCCGGCUGCGGCUGGCUGCCGGCAGCGCCAUCAUGAAGCUGGCGCAGGAGCCCUGCUACCACGACAUCAUCACGCCCGAGCAGUUCCAGCUCUGCGGCCUGGUCAUCAACGACGAGUGCUACCAGGUGCGGCAGAACUUCGCCCUGAAGCUGCACCUGGCGCUGGUGAAGCUGACGCUGCCGCUGGAGUACAUGGCGGUGUUCGCCCUGUGCGCCAAGGACCCGGUGAAGGAGCGCCGCGCCCACGCCCGCCAGUGCCUGCUCAAGAACAUCAGCGUGCGCCGCGAGUACAUCAAGCAGAACCCCACCGCGCACGAGAAGCUGGUGUCCCUCCUGCCGGAGUACGUGGUGCCCUACAUGAUCCACCUGCUGGCACACGACCCCGACUUCACCAAACCUCAGGACUCUGAGCAGCUCCGCGACAUCAAGGAGUGUGUGUGGUUCAUGCUGGAGGUGUUGAUGACGAAGAAUGAGAACAACAGCCACGCCUUCCUCAGGAAGAUGGUGGAGAGCAUCAAGCAGACCAAGGACGCGCAGUCGCCCGACGACCCCAAGGCCAACGAGAAGCUGUACAUCGUGUCUGACGUCGCCCUGUUUGUGAUCGCCAACAAGAGCACGUCCUGCCACUUGGACUCCCCCAAAGACCCCGUGCUGCCCGCCAAUUUCUUCACCCCCCAAGACAAGGACUUUGUGAAUGAUAAGGACUACCUGUCAUCGGAAGCCAGGACAGUGCUGCUGACAGGAAAGCCCAAGCCGGCGGCCGUGCUGGGUGCGGUGAACAAGCCGCUGGCGGUGGCCGGCAGGAGGCCGUACACCAGGUCGCCCGUCUCCGGCACGGGCGGCAACGUGAGCGUCAACUCCGAGUCCAGCUCGCCGGCGGGGAACAGAGGGAGGGACGUGGGGCUGGAGGUGUCGGAGACGGGGGCGAGCGAAAACGAAGAGAACCCCGUCAUCGUGAAAACGGAAGCGGUGAAGAAGGAGCUGAACUCGGAGGCGGGACAAGGCGCCGGCGUGAAGAAGAGGGGCGUGGCCUCGGCCGGCAGCGAGAACGACGGGGCCUCGGAGAGCUCGGCGGCGACGCCCCCCGUCCCGACCAAGGCAAGGCGAGGACGGCCCCCAAAGUCACUGGCCGCCGGGGCGGGCGGAGUCAGCGGCGCGGAGAAGGAGGGCGGGGCGGGGGCGGGGAGGGGCAAGAAGAGGGCGGCCCCAGCUCAGGACAAUACCAGCAGCCCCACGGUGGAGCCAAUCACCAUCAAGAUACCAAAACAGCAGAAGGACACAGAGGGCAAGAGGGCGGGGCCUCAAAGACAGAUGGACCUGCAGAGGUGA